UCUCACACAGUCUUUUACCGUGGGUGAGCGGAACUCUCAGCAGAGAAAGCAAACAGAGAGAACCGACCCAUCACCCCCCACCCCUUGAAAGAGCAGAGGGCAUGUGGAAUAAAUCAAAAUGCAAAGCAUAAUAACGAGGUCCCAUGGGAAAGCAGCCUUGUGAUUGUGUGCCGGCGUGCACUCCCCUUAGAGACGGCCGCCGGGGGCUCCUUUCUUUCUCACUCGCAUGUCCCCUCCCGAUGUCACCGAUCCAUUCACUGCCCGGAGAAUUGAUUAACAUUUGUUGGGAGACGGGGAAAGAGGGGAAGAGCGGAGGGCAGGAGGAAGGGGCGCGAUGCUGGUCCCCACGGUGUGGCGAGCCGAGGCGCAGGGUGGCUAUUUUAUAGCUGGGGACCCUGGUGACGUAUAGCUGAGCGAGCUGGCACAGCUCCUCCUGGACCAGUCAGCGGAGCGAAAUUGAAGCUGACAAGACUUCUCUGGCAUUUUGGAAAGGACUGUAAUCUACUGUAGGGGAGAACAGAGCCGCUCAAUCACCGCCGCUGUAAAUAGGAGACGGAAGGGAGUGAGAAAGGAGGCGAAGAGAAAAAGUGCUUGCUGGGGGGGGAGGGGGGGCGGCAUUUUUGGUGGAUGGUAUGAAGCCAGCCAUGGAAACUGCAGCGGAGGAAAAUGCAGAACAAAGCCAAGAGAAAAAAGGUUGCUUUGAAUGUUGCAUUAAGUGCCUAGGAGGAGUGCCAUAUGCUUCACUCGUGGCAACCAUUCUCUGCUUCUCGGGGGUAGCGUUGUUUUGUGGCUGUGGCCACGUGGCGCUCACGGGAACCGUGUCUAUCCUCGAGCAGCACUUCUCCACGACUGCCAGUGACCAUGCUUUGCUGAGUGAAGUAAUACAGCUAAUGCAGUAUGUAAUUUAUGGCAUUGCAUCAUUUUUCUUCUUAUAUGGCAUAAUCCUUUUGGCGGAAGGGUUUUAUACAACAAGUGCUGUGAAGGAGCUGCAUGGAGAGUUCAAAACAACAGCCUGUGGCCGCUGCAUCAGUGGAAUGUUUGUUUUCCUCACCUAUGUGCUUGGAGUGGCCUGGCUCGGGGUCUUCGGCUUCUCUGCUGUGCCUGUCUUUAUGUUCUAUAACAUCUGGUCAACUUGUGAAGUCAUCAAAUCUUUUCAGACCAAUGUGACAGUUCCAGGGGACCAGAUCUGCGUGGACAUCAGGCAAUAUGGUAUUAUCCCUUGGAAUGCUGUACCUGGCAAAGCCUGUGGCCCAAUUUUAGAGAACAUCUGCAACACGAAUGAGUUCUACAUGUCUUAUCACCUGUUCAUUGUGGCUUGUGCUGGAGCCGGUGCCACUGUCAUAGCAUUGCUGAUCUACAUGAUGGCUACUACAUAUAACUAUGCUGUUUUGAAGUUUAAGAGUCGGGAAGAUUGCUGCACUAAAUUCUAAAUUGUAUAAGCCCAGUAAAAAGCUGCAUUGCGUAGCUUGAAAUACCACUGACACCCUAGACUAAAAGUCUAGCUUUUUGAAUUCUGUUACAGUAAUUGUAAAUAGCUUCAGUAAGCAUCGUUUAGCUUAUCAGAUUAAUGAAAUGACUUCUUGUAUAUGAACUAUGAUGUGGAUGAGAUCUGGCUAUUUUUUCAUGUUGAGAGGAUUCAGUUACUGUAGGGGUGUUUAUAAAACAUCCUUCUGAGAAGGGGAUGUUUUCACUUCAGGUCUCCACUUGAUUUCUACCAGUCAUCUCAAACAAAUACCGGAACAGUUCAGGGUCAGAUGCAUUAAUUUAUUCUUCACCAUGAACACCAAAUACAAAUGCCCCUAAGCAUGCAAAAUAGAUAUGGUGUGAAAGAAAAGGAGUAAUAAAGUAGUGCCAGGCUAUGUUGGCAGAGGUCAGAAGCCCAGGUAUUAUGAAUGAAUUUGCCUGUAUUUCCAAGUGAUUCCAUGGAUGAUUAAAUCAAUUAUUUUAUCUUACUCUUAAGUGCAUGCCAAAUUAUAUUCUUUCUCUAAGAAAAUAAAUCCUUAUCUUAGCUCUGCGUAAAACAAUCACAUUCUUUCUUUUGGACCCUGAACUAGUAAGAAACAGCAUAUAAAUAGCUUCUGCUCUUGUACGGCUGCACUUUAGUAACUGAUUUCUCAGUAGCCAGAUCUCAAAAAUGUAAGUAUGACUGCAGAGGAAGCAAAACCAUGCAUAGAUCACAGGGACCUUUUCACAGUGUUGGGGGGUAAAAAGAAGGAGAAGCGAAUCAAUGUUUUCAGAUGUAGAUGUUUUUGCAUGAAGUAUGGGCAAAAGAAGUUGGCAAGAGACGUAUGCACAAACUAAAAACACAAACACAUAAUAAUUUUAAAAAGAGAACCAUUUGCUAUAUACAACUCUUCACCUGAGGUUGGACAAUGGAAGUUUAAAAUGUAGCUAUAAAAUUACAGGAUUAAGACUUCUUAACCCAGACAUUGCAUGCUUUUGCUUAGUUUUGGACUCAUGUGUUGAUGUUUAAUUUUUCGAUGUGUUAAUGUAGCCUUGUUCACGUGAAUAAAACGGUUCACAGUUUCAGGUUUUCUUCCAGGGGGAGGGUAGAAUUCUCAUCUGCUUGUUGGGGGAAAAGACCUGCCGGGCUCUGGGCUUGGAUAUGCAUAAACACCACGACCUUAGAGAGCAGUUCUUCUGAGCACCUCGUAGUUUACAGAUUCCGUAUAUUGCCACGUACAAAACUGUUUUCCUGCUUCCCCCCAUUCUGCAUUUUAAUUGACCUGUACAACUCUGUAGCUCAUUUUAAUAUUGUUGUACUAACUUUCUCUAAAUUGUGAAUAACCAACUGAAUUAUUAGCAUGCCAAAUUCUAGAGAUCUUUGAAAAAUAGCCUCUGUGCUUGUUUUAAUAACAGAAUGCUUAUUAACGUAGAAUAACUAUUUUUUUUGGUCGUUAUUUUAAAGAGCGUCUAUUAAUCUGACUAGCAGCUUGCUUUGCCUCUUGACAUGCUCACUGGCCAUCAUGCUCACCCUUCUCUUCCAGAUCCACUUCCUCAUGAUACUGUCUUCUAACUGGGCCUACUUAAAGGAUGCAAGCAAAAUGCAGGCCUACCAAGAUAUCAAAGCAAAAGAAGAGCAGGAGCUUCAGGAUAUCCAGUCUCGGUCAAAAGAGCAACUCAAUUCUUACACAUAAAUGUUUGCCACAAUAAUUCAGCAGAAGAGUUCUGUAGCUCUGACAAAUCAGCAAAUAGCUGCUCUGCAGUACAGAUGUGUGUCUAGCAAACAAAAUUAGAGAGAAGUGUAAAAGCUUCACAUUCCAGCUCCUGGAAAACUUUUUUAGGGGAAUCAUCCCAUUGGUAAUCUUCCAUCCUUUCUAAAAGAGAAUGGAGGGUUUAUUCCAGGCAUUUUAAAAGGCAACACUUUACAAAAAGUGACCAAAUUAUUCAUCUUUGAGACUUGGUAUUUAAUAUUUGACUUGUUCUAGAGCAUGACGCCCUGCACAAAAUGUGGCAGGUGCCCCAGCCGAGCAGGCAGUAGAUCUGUGCAGACCUCAGGCAUGUGCAUGGUGUGUGAUUGAGCAGCUCCCAAAGGAACCCGUGCCCAGCUGGGAUUUCUGAGAGGAGCUCGUGUGUGUGUGUGUGAUGGCACAGCUGCAGCACCUCCCAGGUUGCAGAGGGGCAGUUUGGGAACACCCCACACCAGAGCAGCUCCACUCCUGUGCCACACACUGCCACGAUGAAGCUGUUCCAUCCCUGUGCUCAUCUGAGGGUUGAGCAGAUCUCCCAAGUUCUAAUCUUUUUAUUAACUAUUUAAUGGAAUGUAGAUCCCUGGAUCUGGAUAAUGAUCCCCUUCUUUGAAAAUAAAUGUCAGCUUUGCCUUAAUAUUUAUUUUCUAUAAAUGUUGUAGCAUUUAUAUAGUGGCAGGAGACCAUUAUCCUACAUUUUAAGUAAGUAAAAGUGUUACCUUAUUAAAAUGACACUGAUCUGACAAUUCCAAAUGAGCGGAUGAGAAAGUUUGCAGAGUUUUACACAAACAAUAAAAUUUGCAGCCAUAAAAAUAAUACAGGAUGUCCACCUUUCUCAAUCUUGGUGCUUAGCAAAUUUAUAGUCAGUGCUUAUGUGUUUUCCUUUUUACAAAAUAAUUAGCACACUAAGAAAACGUGGUGUUCAGAAAAAAAAACAACAAACAAACUGGUGCCAUUUUAAAGUCAUUUCCCAUAGAAGUCUGCCUUCUAAUUAAUGUUUUUUUUCAGAAGCAUUCAGUGAUAUCUUGAGUAUUAGUGAUGGUAUAUUUGGUGUUUGUUCUAUAUGAUAUAUAUAUAUAUAUAAAUGUUGGGGGGGGAAAGUAAAAAUACAUCAUUCAUUUGAAAAGAUUAAAUAUUCAAGUCAUACCCCUGCUAAGCUGAUAUGUGGUUUGGUAGUUAUGACUGUAUGCUGAAUAUACAUCAAAGGAAGCACAAAUUCCUUCAAAUCAGUAUUAAGAGAAAAUUUUGGGGGGUUUUUAACUUCAAAUAUAAUUUGUUUUGUUAACUAUUGAAGUCUAAUUUGACAGUUUCAAAAAAGGGGCAAAGUUGAUUGAUGUAGAGCAAAUAUGACAAAAUAGCCUAGUGUAUGUUCUUACCUGUUGCAUGAAGGAGACAUUUCUACAGCAAUGCAGGUGAUGUUCUAGCCCAGUGUUUGCAUAAGGGUAAUAAUGGAGGCAGUGUCUUAAAGCCUAAUUCUUUUCUAAUUCAGUGUAGCUAUUACUGGGAGUUUUUGAAGUUUUGUUUAAGUAGUCUAAUAUUUUUAUGUAAAGAGCAUUAAAUUUUGCUAUGUAUAAAUUUUUGUAACCUAACAGUGAAUCAAUAUUUUCUAUCAGUGCCAAGGGCUUCCUGUAGUUACAUCCAAGUGUUAAAAUAAAUAUUUGUAGAUAAUAGACAACACUUGUGUAUGCUUAUUUGAACCCAGACCCACAGCUACUCCAUGGCAGUGCAUCUCUAGGCUUUAUGUCUCUAUCUGAGGUGAAACAUGUUCUGUUCCAGAGUUCCCUGCCCUCCUGCAUGGGGCAGGGCUGCUCUGCAGGUGCAGCUGCAGCAGCAGUUGUGUGCAGCAUGCAGUAGUGGUAGUUGUUCCUGGCCAGCAUAAUGCAACAAGCACUACCCCUUCCCAACAUCCAACUGGAGCAGUCACUCAGAAAUUCUGUAAAGGCCAGAGUGGCUGCAACAGCAAAUUAAGCAGCAUGCAAAAUCAGAGUAACCACCACAUCACAUUUUAGCUCCAUUUCAAAAAGCAAAGUUUCUAUCUGUCACAGUUUUGGUACAUAGUGUUUAAACGUCCAGCAAAUUUAAGACAGAACUUUGGUUUUUUGCCCCUAAAUUCUGUCAAACUUGGCUUCAUGUUCUUGUAGUUAGGUCAAGAUGAGCAGCCUCAAAUGCAGUGCAAGUUGUAAUAUAUGCUGCCACCCAAAAUUACUUCAUUGAUAAAAACUACUGUAUUUUAUACUGUAAAUAAAGUUUAAUGAUCUUGCCUAUAAUCUACCUACAAAAUACAAAGCUUAAAUAAAGUUGAGUUAAAUAGCA